AGGUGAUUCGGUGCACUAUCGAGGGCUGUAGAAUCAUGGCCGAGGACUACUGGGAGCACACGGUGGCUUUGGGAUAUUGUUGUUAAGAUUACAAGGGCACACAGGAUCUCGCGUCCUCGGGGCAAUUAAACAGUGGCUGCCCCACCACCCCCCUCAUCUCGACCCCCGCUGCCCCCACUGAUGGACCGUAUGAGGAAAAUCAAGCGUCAGUUGUCCCUGACGCUGCGGGGGAGCAACAGCGGGGACAAGAGCCUGAGCGAGACCAUUGGCUCUCAGGACACGGCGCACAGCGACUCCGAGGCCAUGCCAGUUCGGGGCAGUGGCAGUCUGCGGGCCUCCGUGAGGGGCUCUGGAAGCUCCUUCAGCAUGCACUCCCUGCUCCAGUCAUACAGCUCCGCCCUCCGUAGACCUCGCAGCCUGGGCCGCAGUCUCAGCUCCUAUCUCAACCACACCACACGCCUCGAGAUAGUCCAUGAGGAUGUGAAGAUGGGCUCUGACGGAGAGAGCGACCAGGCAUCGGCCACGUCCUCCGACGAAGUUCACAGUCCCGUCCGCGUCCGCAUGAGGAACAACCCGGGACGCAAAAUCUCCACUGAGGACAUAAAUAAGCGUCUGUCUCUGCCAGCGGAUAUCCGACUUCCUGACGGUUACCUGGAGAAAUUCAGUCUGAACAGCCCUCUGUUUGACAAGCCCCUCACCCGCAGACUACGCCGAGUCUCUCUGUCUGAGAUUGGGUUUGGGAAGUUGGAGACGUAUGUGAAGUUGGAUAAGCUUGGAGAGGGCACUUAUGCUACAGUUUACAAAGGCCGCAGUAAACUCACAGAUAACCUGGUGGCCCUGAAAGAGAUCCGUCUGGAGCAUGAGGAGGGAGCUCCCUGCACUGCUAUUAGAGAGGUGUCUUUGCUGAAGGACCUCAAACAUGCCAACAUUGUGACUCUACAUGACAUCAUUCACACUCAGAAGUCCCUGACUCUAGUCUUUGAGUACCUGGAUAAAGACCUUAAGCAGUAUCUAGAUGACUGUGGUAACUGCAUACACAUGCACAAUGUAAAGCUCUUCCUGUUUCAGCUACUGCGUGGCCUGAGCUACUGCCAUCGGCGCAAAGUGCUCCACCGAGACCUCAAACCGCAGAACCUGCUCAUCAACGACCGCGGAGAACUCAAGCUGGCCGACUUCGGUCUGGCACGGGCGAAGUCUAUUCCCACGAAGACCUACUCCAAUGAAGUGGUGACGCUUUGGUACCGCCCACCAGACAUCCUGCUGGGAAGCACUGACUACUCCACCCAAAUAGAUAUGUGGGGGGUUGGUUGUAUUUUCUAUGAGAUGUCCACAGGGCGUCCGCUGUUCCCCGGUUCCACAGUGGAAGAGGAGCUGCACUUUAUCUUCAAACUGCUAGGUACACCCACAGAGGAGACCUGGCCUGGAAUAACCUCAAAUGAGGAAUUCAUCUCCUAUAACUACCCACGCUACCGAGCCGACUGUCUCCAUAACCACACUCCUAGACUGGAUAAUGAAGGAGUGGAUCUUUUGUCCAAACUCCUGCAGUUUGAAGGAAAGAAGCGCAUAUCUGCAGACGAGGCCAUGAGACACCCAUACUUCCACUGUCUGGGAGAGAGAGUGAUUACACUGCCAGACACUACAUCAAUAUUUGCACUUCAAGACAUUCAGCUGGAGAAGGAACCAGGGAUGAGGGCGAGUUCGCUGUCAGAUUCAGAGCUUUUGCAAAGAUGCCUAAGGUUCCGGCACACCUUAGUAAACAGCAUAUCCCAUCGGCAGAGCCUGCUCUUCUGACAGGAGCAAGGGGGGGGGCAGACGAGAGCGGAGAGCGGACGUGAGGACGAGAUGAUACAUUUCCGCGUGUGAUGAAGGGAAACCUAUUUAACUUUGUACCAUGUUUCUUUUGCCCUGAGUGUGUAAUUGCUGGUACUGUUGGAUUAA